AUGAGAGAUCCCUGUGCCUAUUACACCCAGCUGAGGCUUCCUUCAAAGGGGUUCCUUGAGGAUCGGGACGAAAGUGAGCCAGGCGCCUUCCAAAAGGUCCCUGGUCGAGGCUUCCUGAAGUGCCGCGCGGCUCUCGAGGGAGAAGGAGCGAGGGAGGAGACAAACACGUCCUCGGUAUCCAAACAUCAGGGCUUUGUCGGCGAGGCUGCGUUUGGCCGCACCCCGAAGCCCGUAGAGAGUGUUGCCACUCCGACUCUCAGCGCUAAACCUUCCUUAUACCCCCCCACCCCUUCAGCCUCGACAGUGUUACCACUUCAGUCCCCAGCACUCAAUUAUUCGCCCAUUUUCGACCCCCCUUCAUCACGACAGUGUUACCACUUCGGUUCACAAUCCUCAAAUAUCCAUCCUCUCAUCGUGACAGUGUUACCACUCCGACCUAUAGCCCUCUACCUAUUUUCAACUCCUUUAUCUCGACCAUGUUACCACCUCGAGGAAAAACCUCUUUCCACCCAUAUCCACAUCUGUCUCUCGUUCUACAAAAAACGGGAACAGCCUACUCCCAAAACGACCCAAAGAAAACGGGAACAGCCUACUCCCAAAACGACCCAAAGAAAACGGGAACAGCCUACUCCCAAAACGACCCAAAGAAAACGGGAACAGCCUACUCCCAAAACGACCCAAAGAAAACGGGAACAGCCUACUCCCAAAACGACCCAAAGAAAACGGGAACAGCCUACUCCCAAAACGACCCAAAGAAAACGGGAACAGCCUACUCCCAAAACGACCCAAAGAAAACGGGAACAGCCUACUCCCAAAACGACCCAAAGAAAACGGGAACAGCCUACUCCCAAAACGACCCAAAGAAAACGGGAACAGCCUACUCCCAAAACGACCCAAAGAAAACGGGAACAGCCUACUCCCAAAACGACCCAAAGAAAACGGGAACAGCCUACUCCCAAAACGACCCAAAGAAAACGGGAACAGCCUACUCCCAAAACGACCCAAAGAAAACGGGAACAGCCUACUCCCAAACCGAGAGUAAAGAUCCAGUAUCACAUCCACGUGUCAAGCCAAACCACAGGAGUAAAGCAGUUCCAUCAUAGACUGCCAGCUUCCCCAUAUAAUGAGCCCACAGUGAAGGUCAUUAACGCCAUCGCGCAGCUGGCAGCGCAGGGGAGAGCCGGGAGGACACCUUGUACAGCUGGCAGCGGAGACCUCACGGGUAGAAACCAUUUUGAGUUCAGUCCCUUCUGUACUCUCUAA